UCACUGUAGCUGUCAGCCGGAGGAGAUCUUGUUUACAUCGGGGAUCUAACCUCACAGAGUGGUUCCGGAGGUGCUCUUAGUGGUGUGUCAGCUUAGUCUCGGUCAUUAUUUGUGAAAAUUUCAAACAAUUGUGUUAAGUCAUAAAUAAUGAAGGCUAUUAUUCAGAGAGUAACUACGGCUAAAGUGACAGUUGGAGAGGAUCUUAUCAGUACUAUAGGAAAAGGGCUAUGCAUACUCGUGGGCAUCUGUCAAACAGAUACUAUCAAGGAUGUGGAUUUCAUGGUUCGAAAAAUAUUAUCUCUUCGCUUAUUCGAAGACGGAAACGGAAAACGUUGGGCACGAAGUGUGAAAGAUGAAAACCUGGAAAUUUUAUGCAUUAGCCAAUUCACUCUCUAUCAUCGGUUGACAAAAAACAAACCUGAUUUUCACCAGGCGAUGCAAGGUCCCCAGGCCAGUGUAUUAUAUAAUACGUUUCUUGAGAAAUUAGGAGAUAAUUAUUCGGCGGAUAAAAUUAAAGAUGGAAAAUUUGGUGCAUAUAUGCAGGUGCAUAUUCAAAAUGAUGGACCAGUUACAGUGGAACUAGAAUCUCCGCCACCAUCGCCACCACCUCCGCAGCUAAACAAAGAACAGAAUGCGGCGUAAAUUGAUGGACAAAAAUUGUAUGAAUGAAACGAAAAUUUGUAUUGGAAAUUUUCCAUUAACUUUAUUGGUAUGUUUAAUAAAGAUAAUCAAAAUAAUCGA